UCUGGAUACUUGCUGAUCAAAUUUUAUUAGUAGUCAGUAUUUUCGCAAGACAUACUUUCUCUAGGGAAAAGUUCAAAUCAGUUAAAUCUUCAUGGCACCUUACAUAAGAUAGGACAACUUGUUUUCCUUAAUACGUAAAUUGUGAACCAUAAAACAUCAUAUUCCUUCAAUUACAUUUGCUUUUAUUUUCUACUAAAAUAAUUGCUUUUUGAUAUCAAGAUAUGGCUAUGUGAGAAAACAAGAACCAUUGAUCAAUGAGGACAUAGUAAGGGAGAAAAGCUGAAGUUUUGGCUGUUAUCGACAGGUUUCCUCUUUAUACAUCCUUUCAUAAAUUUUGGAUAAGAUUUAAUAGGUGACGAAAAAUUAGUGGAUUUUUGGCGAAAUUUAUUCGUUUUUCCCUAUUGUUAUGUUUUAAGCAAUGUGGAAGUAAUUGAUUCUGAUUAAAUAUCGAAUAUUGUAUAGAAAAAUGUGAUUUGUUAGAGUUUUAAAAUUAGUAAAGUUAACAUGUCCUGUCCAUUGCUGAUUAACGUGAACAUACAUCUUGGCUGUAGGUGAAGUGAAAAUCUGUUUAUGGGUACCACAGUUAGUCAUUCUUAAUGCUGGUUACCUGGUUCAAAAACCAAAUAGUUGGUAAUGAAUAACAUCUGGUAUACAGGUUCACGAUACUUUCCAAUGAUAUCCCAAAUCUGAGAGAAAUGUCUCUAAACUAGCAAUUACGUAUAUGCAUAUUCACCAAACGGAAGGAGUGCAUCUUAUCUUUAUUAAGAGAGCGAGAAAUGUACUAGAUUUGAAAAGGUGUACUUACUGAGCUCCACGACAAAUGGUUGAACGAAAACUGAUUGAUAAAUUCGUACUUAGAGAACAAAAUGCUUUUUAAACUGAACCUUCAACUUAACUGAUUAAGCUAAACACAUAGAAAAAAGUGUGGAGUGUGAGUGGCAGCGUAUUGAUGUGGGUCUUCUAUUCACAUACGCUCAUGCUCCAAGUAGUCUCAUCAUCUCCCAUCUCCAAUACGAACGAUUACUUAUUUCUUAGUUCAACCCAAAGUGGAAGCUCCAAAAUCAGCAAAUGAACAAUCAUGUGUCAUCGGUAAAGAUACUCAGAUUUCAUGGAAGUUCAGUGGUAUCGAGAAACCACAAGUGACAUGGUUCUUCAAUGGUCAACCACUUCUAACCAAUGAUCAUUUUCAAGUGACUGAGACUUAUGAUGGAACAUCGACACUAUCGAUUCGUCAAGUUGAGCUUGCCGAUCAAGGUGUUUAUAUUGCUCGAGCAAUCAAUGCUGUUGGUGAAGCUGAAGCUCAAACAACAUUAAAGAUUUAUUGCAUCAAACCUUUCAUCAAGGCUAAUCUCAAUACUGCACUGAAAGUCACAAAAGGUGAAGCCUUGACACUAGAAGUCGUCGCCAGUGGAGCUCCGAAACCUCAUAUUGUCUGGAUGAGAGUUAACAAUGAAAUCGUACCCAAUGAUCGUAUUCAAAUGACGACAUCGACUGAUGACGAUGACAAAUACAUACUGACCAUCUUAAAUGUACAACCAGAAGAUGAAGGACAAUAUUCAGCCAUGAUUUCCAAUGUUGUUGGAUCACUUCAAUCCAAUAAGUGCAAAGUUAUUAUUUCGAGUAAGUCGCCUUGA